AUGGUUCUCCCAAAGACAGAAGAAAAACCACAUUCUGGGCCUGAAUUAAAAUUCGGCGUCGUCAUCCUAGCUGCAGGUCGAGCGAUACGAGCAGGCGACCUUUGUUGCCCAAAGCCAUACCGUCGCAUCGCCGGCGAGACGGUCAUAUCCCGCGUGGUGAGAACGUUUCGAUCGUGGAAUUCUGACUGCCCCAUUGUCAUUGUGCGCCAUGCCGACGACGCUGUACUGUUGGAAGAGGCCAUUCGAAACCGGGACCAGAGGAUAUACGAUACGAUCGGUGGUGACACCCGGCAGGCCUCUGCCCUUGCAGGUCUGCGCUUUAUUGCCGGUAUUGGUAUACCGCUUUCACAUGUCUUCAUUCACGACGGCGCCCGUCCACUGGUCUCGCGUUCUUUGUUGGAGAGACUUCAGGCGGCCCUGGUCGAGGAGCCUCAGGUUGGCGUUAUUCCGGCAAUCCCCAUCAUGGACACCAUCAAGCAGGCAGGGCCCAAUAACAUCAUUACCAGAACGGUUCCGCGUGACAGGCUCUACCGGUCCCAAACGCCUCAGGGAUUUGCCCUACAAGUUAUCCUCGACGUCCACGAACAGGCCACCCGAGCCGCGGUGACCGAUUUCACUGACGAUGCAUCGCUCUUCGAAUGGACGGGCAUGGCGGUUCGGAUUGUGGCAGGUGAAACCCGGAACCUCAAAAUUACGUAUCACGAAGAUUUUGAAGAGGCUGAGCGGAUUCUCAAAGCCGAAAGCACAAGCACCAAACCCGACGUACGCGUGGGCCAUGGCUAUGACACACAUAAGCUGGUGCCAGGAAGGCGGAUUGUGCUGUGUGGGGUGCAUAUAGAGCACAAUUCGUCGUUAUUGGGACACUCGGAUGCCGACGUCGGCCUCCACGCCCUGACAAACGCGCUUUUGGCUACCAUCGGUGCUGGCGACAUUGGCAGCCAUUUCCCGCCGUCUGAUCCGAGAUGGAAAGGCGUAUCAUCGGGUCGCUUUCUGCAACAUGCGGCACGGCUCGUGAAAGGAGCCGGCGGGACCAUUACUCAUUGCGAUGUGACGCUGGUAUGUGAGACUCCGAAGAUCAGCCCGUAUCGAGACGCAAUGAAGGAAUCGGUUGCCGCUAUCUUGUGCUUGAGUAGGAGUCGCGUAUCAAUCAAGGCGGCCACAAACGAGCAAAUGGGCUUCGUAGGCCACCAGGAAGGCAUCAUGGGACUCUCAACGGCAACAGCUGUGUUUUCGGAGGAAAGUUGCAGCAUCUGA